AAUGAGGACAGAACAGAGAUGGAACAAGAGCAGGUUGGGUAUAUAUCUGAUCGAUCAGCAGCUGAAGAGAAAACCAGCGUCCAGCAGGCAGACAUGGCGUGGCUCCAUCAGAGUCGAGGCUCACCCAGACUCGUCCUGGUGGUGGUUUGUGUCGCUCUGCUGCUCGACAACAUGCUGCUCACUGUGGUCGUACCGAUCAUCCCAACAUUCCUCUACGCCAUCGAGCAUCCGAGUCCGGAGCCACAGACCGCCCAGCCCUCCCUGCUCCCUCUGCCCAGCCUCGAUGCAUCACGUCUGGGCACUGCACCCUCACAGCCCCCCUCCUCCGCCUUCAGCCUCCAGACCUCCAGCCGGACCUCCCAGCGCCUCCAGCUGCCUCGGUCCAGUACUGGUGCACCGGUCCAGGGUACAGGGCCGACCCUAUCGGCUCUGGUGUCCCUGUUUGAUAACUCGACCUUCAGCCUGACUGACGCGAGCACCGGCUCCGAACCGGUGGACCGCACCUUAGUGACCCCGGACGUGCAGGGCAACGAGACCGAAGGCUCUUCCUGUCUUCAGGACAGUUUGUUUCUGGAAGAAGAAAAUGUUCGAGUUGGUUUGUUGUUUGCUUCUAAAGCUAUCAUCCAGCUGCUCGUCAACCCCUUCGUUGGUCCACUGACUAACAGGAUCGGGUAUCACAUCCCCAUGUUUGCUGGUUUCAUCAUCAUGUUUGUGUCAACCAUCAUGUUUGCCUUCUCAGGGACGUACGCUCUGCUGUUCGUCGCUCGCUCUCUGCAGGGGAUCGGCUCGUCCUUCUCCUCAGUGGCAGGUCUGGGCAUGCUGGCCAGCGUGUACACAGACGAUGAGGAGAGAGGCAUUGCGAUGGGCGUGGCGCUGGGAGGACUGGCUAUGGGAGUCCUGAUCGGAGCGCCGUUCGGCAGCGUGAUGUAUGACUUCGUGGGGAAGAGCGCCCCCUUCCUGAUCCUGGCCUUCCUGGCUGUGUUCGAUGGAGCGUUGCAGUUGUGCAUCCUGCAGCCUUCAAAGAUCUCUCCUGGGAGUGUGGAGGGAACGCCGUUACUGACCCUGCUGAAGGAUCCAUACAUCCUCGUCAGUGCAGGGUCUCUGUGCUUCGCCAACAUGGGCGUGGCCAUCCUGGAGCCCACUCUGCCCAUCUGGAUGAUGCAGACGAUGUGCUCCCCGAAAUGGCAGCUGGGUAUUGCCUUCCUCCCUGCCAGCGUGUCCUACCUGAUAGGAACAAACCUGUUUGGAGUUCUGGCCAAUAAGAUGGGACGGUGGCUGUGCUCCAUGCUAGGGAUGUUUAUCGUUGGCAUCAGUCUGCUGUGUGUUCCCUUUGCCACCAGUAUCUACGGCCUGAUUGGACCAAACGGCGGUCUGGGAUUUGCGAUAGGUAUGGUGGACUCCUCCAUGAUGGCCAUUAUGGGCUACCUGGUUGAUAUCCGCCACGCCUCCGUCUACGGCAGCGUCUACGCCAUCGCUGACGUGGCGCUGUGCAUGGGCUUCGCUAUAGGGCCGUCCACAGGGGGCGCUCUGGUCCAGGCUGUGGGCUUUCCCUGUCUCAUGGUGUUCAUCGGAGUCAUCAACAUCCUGUACGCGCCGCUCUGCUUCCUGUUACGUAACCCUGCUGUCCGAGAGGAGAAAAUGGCGAUCAUUGAUCAGGAGUGUGUGAUGCACAGGAAAAGCUACAACACACACAAGGAAAGCUGUGAGUUUCCUCUGAGCGACUACAGCGAGGAGGAGGAGACGGAGGAGUGACGUGCACAAGCUCGCCAAAAUGUCCACGUUGUUACGCCACCUUAGCGUCACCUUUGCACUUCCUGUCGUCACGGUCAGAGAGGAGCAGACCUUCUUAAAGGGAUGGCGUGGAUCAUCAUUUAGGUGGGGGGGGGGGCUGUUGGUGAUGUUUAGUUUAACUGUGACUCAUGCUAAGCUACUGUGAACGAUCAGAGUCAGCCGAUGGUGGUUGAAGCGAUCUGGAUGUGAAUUUAAGAAUCUGUGUGUGCUGUUCUUGUGUUUCCUCCCACCUGCAGUCAAAGUGUUGAAACUGUACCUGAGUCUGUGUCUGACCUCUGACCUGUGUCACCAUUAAAACCUGCCCUAACCUGGA